AUGGAAGAUACCGUAUCUACAUAUAAUCACAGCCACCGGGCCUUCCUUCAGGCCUUUUUGGCCCGAUCCGUCAUGACCUUUGAGGAAGCGCAGCCAAUUCUUGCCGCCAUCCUUUCUGCACGCGACGAAACCCGCCCCGUCGCUCCCGCCGACGUGACCGAGGCCGAUUUCCACAGUUACGUCUCGGCGUGUAACGCCGCGCUCUCGCCACUCGACCUCGAGAUCCGGUCUUCACGACCGCAGACGACGUCGCCGCACCGGCAACCGCCAGUCUACGCCAUCGUCAAUGCGACGUCGGACGCGCUCACCCAGAUUGCCACGACCCACUCGCCCGACGAAAUCGCCUUCGUCAAGCGUUUGCUCGACGCCAUGUUCGAGACGCACAACACCCGUCGCGCCGAGGUGCUCGCCCUCACCUCCAUGCAGGCCAUCAAUCUGCACAAAGCCUCGCCGCGCAGCCGAGAUUUCGGAAUCGGUGCUGGAGGAGCAGGAUCAACGGAGACGCAAGGGUCGAGCGGCGCGAGCUUGACCAUGGCGCAGGCGCAGAAGGUUCUGGACGACUUGGUUGAGGAGGGAUGGUUUGAGAAGAGCGCGAAGGGGUUCCUAUCUCUGAGUCCGCGCGCAUUGAUGGAGCUGCGAGGUUGGCUCAUAGAGACGUACAACGAACCGACUGGCGGCGACGACAGUGACGACGAGGGGGUUGAGAGAGUGAAGAUGUGCGAGGCAUGCAGGGAGAUUGUGACAGUGUUCUUCCGUACGCUACCCGGCAAGAGGUGCCCUAUCUGUAAAGCCGAGUGGACGGAAGAGGACUUCGUUGGUGAGCGUGCAGCCAAACCGCCGAAUCGUAACCGCACGAGUGCCGCAACGGCCGCUUCUUCUUCAAGGAGGACAACGAUGCACACCAUGGAUGACGAUGAAUCAGAAUAA